UUCCGGAUCACCCGGAAGUUCGCUCACUUCCCAAAGAUGGCGGAACAAGGUCCGAUGGCCAUAGCGAUGCGGCUCAGGAAGCAGCUGCAGACCGUCUACAAGCUGGACCCGCUGCGGAACGAGGAGGAGGUGAAGUUGAAGAUCAAAGACCUGAACGAGCACAUCGUGUGUUACCUUUGUGCCGGCUACUUCAUCGACGCCACCACCAUCACGGAGUGUCUGCACACAUUCUGUAAAAGCUGCAUCGUCAAGUACCUGCAGACCAGCAAGUACUGUCCCAUGUGCAACAUCAAGAUCCACGAGACGCAGCCUCUGCUCAACCUCAAGCUGGACCGCGUCAUGCAGGACAUCGUCUACAAGCUGGUGCCGGGCCUCCAAGAAAGUGAGGACAAGCGAAUCAAAGAGUUCUAUCAGUCUCGGGGUUUGGAGAGAGUUCUUCAGCCUGCAGACUGCGUGUCAGACUCCUCAUCUUUACCGUACACCAGCUUCGAUCACGCCAAGGCACAUUUUUACAGAUAUGAUGAGCAGGUCUCGCUGUGUUUACAAAGACUAAGUUCAUCGCUGGCUGGGAAAGAUAAAAGCAAAGUAGUUCUUCAGCAGAAGUUUGUGCGAUGUUCGGUGCGAGCGGAGGUGCGACAUUUACGUAAAGUACUUUGUCAUCGACUCAACGUGGAAAAACAUCAGGUGCAGAUGUUGUUCAACAAUGAGUCUUUGCCUGAUCACAUGACCAUGAAAAGAUUAUGGCUGUCACACUGGUUUGGAAAGGCGCAGCCCUUAGUGCUUCACUACACCAUCAAGGAGAAGCGCAGCAGAUAGAAUUGACCUUCACAUAUUUUCUAUUAGACAUAAUUCUAUUUUAAUAGUUUUUGUGUACAGCAACUUAUUUUGGCUCUUUUGUAUUUUUGGACAAAUAAAAGAAAAAUGUAAGAAUGAUCAACUUUUGUCCACAAUAUUUCAAACAUCUUCCUUAUGAAGGAGAAUGCA